AUGACAAAAGCGUCCAACCCGGUCGGCUGGUUUUGGCUCCCGGUUGACCUUGAUAUCCUCAGUAAUAUGCAUGCCACCUACGUCGGCAAUGUUUUUAUCUUCCCUGUCCUCCCUGAAGCAAGAGACAAAAUGAAUGUACGGAAGGACCCAGAGUCUUUCUACGGAAGAUCUUGCAAGUUCCGCUAUCAACUUAUCCCUCUUUCUGGUAUGGAGGCCUCGUGGUCAAUCAAACGUUAUACCGGCAACGCUCUUGGCCCAUUCGAUCCCAAUCUCAUAGAGCACAGCGCGUACCCCUUCACCAACCUCCUGCCCAUUGAGCUCCAUGUCCCGUACCACUUUGUCAUCGUCAACACUGGCAAGAAACUCCGCCAACUAUACGGCAUGGAUGCAAUCAACUUUAUGCCCUACGGGGGGAAGGAUGAGGGAGGCCAAGCUCAAGAUGAUGCUGCCGGCUCAUUUGGUGCGAUGGGGCAACAACAGGCUGCUGACGAGUCCCUCGCACCUUGGGACUCAGCUUCUUGUCUCAAGGCUUUUGAGCCUAAGGAUGGGGGAGGCCAGGCUCAAGAUGACGCAUGCGGCUCUUUUGGUGCGAUGAUGGGACAACAACAGGCCGCUGCCGAGUCCCUCACACCUUGGGAAUCGGCUUCUUGCCUCAAGGCUUUCGAGCUUGCCGAUGAAGGGAACGAGGAGGAUGUGGACGAUUCGUUUGUGGAUGACGAGGACGACGAGUAUGAGGACGAGGAGUUCUUUGAGGGCUUGAAGCAGUGGGCGAGCGAUGUAUGGACCGCGACACAUUCUGACAGCGCGUCUGAUUCAGAGGUGACCCUGGUCGGAGGGACCGCGGCACAUGUUUCCUGCAAGAGUCUAGACGUGCCAGCGACUUUGGAAACACCACCGCUUCUUUCCGUCCAGUGA